AUGGAGACGUACGUGAGGCGGAAGAUUGGGUCGAGGAUGUCGUUGAGGUUGACGCCGGAGAUUCGGCUCAUUUACGACGACUCGUUCGAGCGCGGGCAAAAGGUGAGCGCGCUGUUGGAUGAAAUUAGGCAAGAGAAUCGGAAUAGGACGGCGAAAAAGUACGGGAAGAUGGCUUUACUGUCCAUCGAGGAUACGAUCGCCGAGCGCGGGGACGUGGAGGAGGAUGAGGACGAGAGCGAGUGGGGCGACGACGACGACGCGGUGUGGGACGAAAUGCUCGAGGGCGUUGAGGACGCGAUGGCUGAGUUUGGCGACGACGACGACGACGACGACGACGACGACGACGACGACGACGACGACGACGCAUCUGGCAUUAAGAUCAUCAACGUCUAA